AUGUCUGUGGCAUUUUCAUCGGCGCGCCCCAGGAGUAAAGGGGAGGUGACACAGCAAACGAUUCAAAAGAUGUUGGAUGAAAAUCAUCAUUUAAUACAAUGUAUAAUGGAUUACCAAAGCAAAGGGAAGACAGCCGAAUGCACACAGUAUCAGCAGAUCCUGCACAGAAAUCUUGUUUACUUGGCCACAAUAGCAGAUUCAAAUCAGAACAUGCAGUCACUACUUCCUGCGCCUCCCACUCCCAAUAUGUCAAUGGGCUCUGGAGGGAUGGGUCAGAGUGGAGGACAUGCUCCAAGCAACCUCAGUGACACCAUGGCACCUGGAUUGCCCCCCACAUCGAUGAUGCAGAGCCAAAUGAACAAUGGCCCCAGCCAUGCCCCCAUGCAGCAGCAGUCUGUUCAGGUGCAGUCGGCUAUUCCCUCCACAUCCCUCAGCCUGCCAGCCAGCAGCUACGGUAGCUCAGCCUCAGCCUCCGGCUACAGCCAUGCUGCACCUUCCUCCCAGGGCAGCAUGAUCCAGGGCCCUGGUCCUGGUUAUGGCUCUUCCUCUUCCUCCACAUCCUCCUCUUCCUCCUCCUCCUCCCGCAGCAACCUCAACAUGCAGUCCAACCAAGUCUCCAUGAUGCACCAACAAUCUGCCACUCCGCACUACUCCUCAGCCCAGGCUGGGGGCCAACACUAUCAGGGACAGCAGGCCAUGGGCAUGAUGGGUCAGGGCAGUCAAGGAAACAGUAUGAUGUCUCAGAGGCCCAUUGGGUCCUACCGCUCUUCACAGCAAGGAUCUGCACAGCAGUACAUGGGACAAGACGAGUUCUACGGAGAGCAGUAUGGACACACUCAGAGCUCCAGCGAGCCCAUAAACCAGCAGUAUUACCCUGAUGGUCAUGGGGAGUACUCUUAUCAACAGUCCUCAUAUGGUGAGCAAGGCUACGACAGGUCCUUUGACGAAUCUUCACAGCAUUAUUAUGAAGGAGGUAACUCUCAGUACAGUCAACAGCAGGCCCAGUAUCAGCAGAGCUCUGGCCAGCAGCAGCCCUUCAGCCAGCAGCAGUACUCCUCUCAACAAGGCUACACAGGGCAGCCACAGGGAUAUGGACCUGGCCAGGGUGGAUCAUCCCAGUAUUCUCAGUAUCAACAGGGUCAAAGCCAACAGUAUGGCUCCUACCGCUCCUCCCAGGUAGGCCCUGGAGCACAGACGCAGAGGCCCUAUGCCUAUGAACAGGGUCAGUAUGGAAAUUAUCAGCAAUAAAGUACCACAUCGUUCUCCUGUUGGAAGAAAAUGAGAUGUGCUGGGCUCAGCUGUGGAUUAGAAGAUCUGGCUGCAUUUGAUUUAUCAUCCUUUCAUAAAUCAUUAAUCAUCAUUUUUGCUGAGAAAAAAAAAGUCAGAUGUGAUGCUUUUUUAAAAAAAAAAUUGUACCUGAUAGAUGAAGUGCUACUGGUCACCCUGCGAACAGUCAAGGUGCUUGUAGAAUCAAGGCAGUUGAUGUAAACCUUCCAUAUGGAUUAAAUAACGUACUGAAAAAGGAGCAGUAAAGCCUCAGCAACCUGCCUAUAUCCUGAUCUUUUUCUGUCUUUGCCUUUCUCUUGUCUUUGUCCUAUCCCCUGCUUUUAUUGUUUACUUUACUUUACAAGCCUCUUUUUUAUUCUUCCUUAUUUUUUGGUGCACAGAGAAUGUCUGUGGUUUGUGAGACCAGGGCUAUAAAAAGCAAAUUGGCCUUGAG